UGUUCACCGGUUUGUGAUAUCUCUAAAGAUUGUUAUAAAGAUAUUAUUAUAAUUAUUUCUGCUGGUGAAACACUGCUAGUGGCCAAAGAAAUGGCUGCCAGAGAUGGUUUAAAAAAUUACUGGCGUUCAUCUGCCGAAUGUACAAACUUUGCCUUCGGUGAUGAAGGCCAUUCGCUUGAUGUUUCACCCUUGAUGGUGGAAGAGAUGUACAUUAAGUACAAAGAGAAGAUACAGAAGGCGUUUGGUACUCCAUAUCGUCGUCACCUCCGUCAUCGCUUUUAUCCGGGAACAGUCGCAAAAAGAACGCCGAGACGAGUGAUCGCUCCGAAGCCUUUCACGAUAUGA